CGGAUUGGCGUAGGGGAUAGAAUAAUGUAACAGUUCUGUCCAGAGCCAUUUAUUGAACCAGAACCAGAAAAAUAGGGCCCCUGCGAUAAGGGGCUAUUAUAAGAUUAACGUUAAUUAACUAUAUUCUUUGCAAGUACAGUUACGACUUUUUAUUUUGAUAUGUUAUCUUGAUAUAACAAACAACUCUGAUAACAAGAAUAUAUUGACUGAAUGACGCCGAUCUGUCGCACCGAUGACAAUAUCGCUAAUGUGCUAUUGUGAUAAUGAAGAUUUAUAAAUUGAGUACACAUACAUGCGAUGCGAUCAAUGACGAAAUCAUACCACUUGUGUGAAGAUUGUCAUAUCUAUCUUCAUGAUUCUUUCAAUUAACGUCCCUUGUCAAUGGUAAGAGUGUUAAAUAAGCUAGUAGUAACACAUAUGGCUAUUAUUGGGUUGACAGCUUGUGGAAGAACAUAUUUGAUGGCUACGGCAAUGUUUGUCAGAACAAAGUUGUUACAAAAACAUCUAGCAUAUAAUGUAUCUUUAAGUUAUAGAUUAAUGCAUCUUCUCAAAAAUAAUGCCUAUAUUAAUGGAAACUGGGUUGAUGCUAAUAGCAAACAGACAUUUCCAAUUUGCAAUCCAGCUGACAAUAGUGUGAUUGCUUAUGUUCCUGACAUGAAUAUUGUUGAUACUCAAUUAGCCAUUGAUGCUGCUGCCAAAGCUUUUGAAUCAUUCAGUAAAACUACAGCCAAGGAAAGAAGUGAUCUGCUCAGAAAGUGGUAUAAUUUGAUGGUUGAGCAUUGUGAAGAUCUAGCCUAUAUUUUGACCAAAGAGAAUGGGAAAUCCUUAGCUGAAUCUAGAGCAGAAAUCAAAUAUGGAAAUUCUUUUGUGGAAUGGUUUGCAGAAGAAGCAAGAAGAAUAAAUGGAGAAGUCUUACAAGCUCCUGCAGCCAAUAGAGAAUUGUUCUUAUUGAAACAACCAGUCGGAGUAGCAGCAUUAAUUACACCAUGGAACUUUCCACAUGCUAUGAUCACAAGGAAAGUAGGUGCUGCUCUUGCCACAGGAUGUACAUGUGUUGUGAAGCCAUCUGAAGAUACACCAUUGACAGCACUGGCAUUAGCAGAACUUGCGGAACAAGCAAAUUUUCCUGCAGGAAUCUUCAAUGUACUCACCACAAGCAUAACAAAUUCUCCUGCUGUUGGUAAGGAACUAUGUAAGAAUCCCAAAAUAAGAAUACUGUCAUUCACUGGCUCCACAGCUGUGGGGAAGAUCUUGUAUGAACAAUGUGCAUCAACUGUAAAACGGCUUGGCCUUGAGUUGGGUGGUAAUGCUCCUUUCAUCGUAUUUAAAUCUGCAGAUGUAAAUAUGGCUGUAAAUAGUGCCAUGGCUAGUAAAUUCCGAAAUACCGGCCAAACGUGUGUCUCAGCAAAUAGGUUUUUUGUAGAAACUGAUAUUUUCGAUGAGUUUGUAGAGAAAUUUGUGGAGAAGAUCAAGAAAGAAAUUAAAAUGGGAGAUGGUAGCAAAAAUGAUAUUACUCAUGGACCACUUAUUAAGAAAAGUCAAUUGGAUAUGGUGAACAGUCUGGUAAAGGAAGCAGUCCAGAAAGGUGCUAAAGUACAUUGCGGUGGCAAUCUGUUACCGCAUCUCGGACCAUUAUUUUAUGCACCUACUGUACUAACUGGUGUAACUAAAGACACACAGAUUUACAACAAGGAAAUCUUUGGACCCAUAGCUGUAAUUAAUAAAUUUAACAGCGAAGAAGAUGUACUGGAACAAGCUAAUGACACACCAGUUGGUUUGGCUGGUUACUUUUUCUCGCAGGACACAUCACAGAUAUUUAGAGUAGCACGUAAGUUAGAGGUUGGUAUGGUAGGUGUUAACGAAGGUUUAAUUUCGUGCGCAGAAGCCGCUUUUGGUGGAAUAAAGGAAUCUGGUUUAGGAAGAGAAGGUUCUAAACAUGGCGUUGAAGAUUUUCUCGAUAUCAAAUAUGUGUGUAUCGGUAAUCUCCAAUGUUAACUGACUGUAUGAAUUCAAAUAGAAUAUGCAUUUUAAAUAGUUAGUAUUAUGUAAUAUUAAAUGCUAUAAUACUCAAUAAUAGACAAUAAUAGAGAAGUCAAUAUAUAACUUAAUUAUGA